AUGACCAACAUAGCAGACAUCGAAGCUGCCAACGCGCAGUACGCCGCCGCCUUUACCAAAGGCCACCUCCCUAUCCCCCCAAAACGCAAACUGGCAGUUGUCACCUGCAUGGACGCCCGCAUCGACGUCUUCUCCGCCCUCGGCCUCACCGAAGGCGACGCACACGUCAUCCGCAACGCAGGCGGACGAGCCAACGAGGCCCUCCGCAGUCUGAUAAUCUCGCAGCGGUUGCUGGGGACGGAGGAAGUGGUUAUCAUUCACCAUACGGAUUGCGGGAUGCUCACGUUCAGUGACGAGGAUAUCAGAGCUAAGAUUAAGGAGGAGCUUGGCGAGGAUGCUUCUGAUAUUGAGUUCCUGCCAUUCAAGGAUCUGGAGGAGAGCGUGAGGGCAGAUGUGAGGUUCCUGCGGGGGAGUAGGCUUGUCCAGGGGGCUGUGAAGGGAUAUGUGUAUGAAGUGGAGAGGGGGAGGUUGGUUCGGUUGGAGAUCGAUUGA